GACACACACAAAAGCUCUCACCCUACAUACGCCAUUGGGAGGCAGCGGACUUCGAUCGCUCGUAUUUGCAUUCGGCACAUCAAAAACACAUCGAACAGAAGCGCCAUCGGCGAAAAAGAGAACUGUAUUCGGGCGAAUUUGGUCCAGUUCACACUAUCAGACUGAAUUUCUUUGCUCAUGACAGAGAAUUUCGCAUGGUUCUACAUCAGAAUCCACUGUCAGUAUUUGCUAAUGAUGUCGAAAUCGAAAGUACGCAUGGACCAGUGGAUUAUGAUAUUUCUAGAAUAUACACCGGCUCAUUGGAAG